AUGGGUGUGUUGUUGGUUUGUUUUUGUGAUUUGUGGGUUGUGUUGUGGUGUGGGGUUUGGUUUUUGGGGGUUUGUUGUUUGGUUGUUGUUGGUUGUGUGGUUGGUUGUUGGGGUUUUUGUUUGUUUUUUGUUUUAGUGUUUUUGGUGUUUGGUGUUUUUGGGUUUGUGUUGUUUUUUUGGUUUGUGGGUUGUGUGUUUGAUGGUGUUUUUGGGUGGGGUUGGUUUUUUUGUGUUGAUGUGGGGGGGGUUGUUUUGUGGUUGGGGUGGGUUGGGAUGUGUGUGGUAUUUGGGGGGAUGUGGGGUGGGGUUGUUGUGUAUUGUUUGUUUGUUGUUGGGUGGGGGUUGGGGUUUGGUUUGUGUGGGUUUUAUGUAUGGGGGGUUUGGUUUGUUGGUUGGGUGGUGUGUUGGGGUUGGGGUUGGUAG